UGUGGACAAAUGGUCGCGAACCCCGAGUUAGCCCGAUAGAUAUCAAGGACUGAAAUGUUCGGAUAGAAAAAGCUAAUCGUCCGAAGCGUUAACUGUAUUGGCUUUUCAACCCUCAGCGUGGAGGUCGUUUUUUUUUCUUUUUCCCAAGCGACGGUCCUUGCGACAGCGCUAGCGUUUAGCCAACCCUCGGCAUUACUAGCUGCUUUUUCGAGGUAGCUGUGACUGGCUGCUCGUACAAGGCCGUGCGAUCUUUCGGAGUUACAUCGAAUUAUACGUUGGGACUUCCACGUCAUACAGUGUUUCCUAAAGGAAUUCGUAUUUUAACGAAGAUCUUUUGUGGAUGGUAGCAUAUAUUUUCCCCUAAUUUGCGCAUUAGCCUAGUUGUCAUAUUUUAGCUCUCAUUCGUCCGUAUUCACCAACACCGAAAGGAUCACGAUUACAUUUAUGUUUCGCCGACUAUUUGGUUAGAACAUAAAGCCGAAUUUCUUGAAGUAAAUCGAACGCCGAUCGUUUGGUGGAUACUAUGGCGAGCAGCAGUGGCUCUAAAGCCGAAUUUAUUGUCGGUGGGAAAUACAAGCUUGUCCGCAAAAUUGGAUCGGGGUCUUUCGGCGACAUAUAUUUGGCCAUCAACGUCACAAAUGGAGAGGAGGUAGCGGUAAAAUUGGAAUCACAGAAAGCAAGGCAUCCACAGUUGCUAUACGAAAGCAAGCUGUACAAGAUUCUACAAGGUGGUGUCGGGAUUCCACACAUACGAUGGUAUGGCCAAGAGAAGGACUACAACGUCCUAGUCAUGGACCUGCUUGGCCCCAGCCUCGAGGACUUGUUCAACUUCUGCUCUCGACGCUUCACCAUGAAGACAGUCCUUAUGCUUGCAGACCAGAUGAUCAGCAGAAUUGAAUAUGUACACACAAAGAACUUCAUCCACAGAGACAUCAAACCAGACAACUUUCUCAUGGGCAUCGGCCGGCAUUGUAACAAGUGUUUAGACUCGUCAGUGGGGAAGAGGAAAAGAAGCUUGGCGGUUAGCUCUUCUCAGGACCCAUCUUUCUCAGGAUUAAACCAGUUGUUCCUUAUUGACUUUGGAUUGGCAAAGAAGUACAGAGACAACCGAACGCGACAGCACAUCCCCUACAGAGAAGACAAGAACCUGACCGGCACAGCACGUUAUGCCUCCAUCAAUGCACACCUGGGCAUUGAACAAAGUCGCCGUGAUGACAUGGAGUCACUAGGCUAUGUGCUGAUGUACUUCAACAGAACCAGUCUACCAUGGCAAGGACUCAAGGCUGCCACAAAGAAGCAGAAGUAUGAGAAAAUCUCAGAGAAGAAGAUGUCUACCCCGGUGGAGAUCCUCUGUAAGGGGUUUCCAGCUGAAUUUUCCAUGUAUCUGAACUAUUGCCGUGGCCUACGCUUUGAGGAGGCUCCAGACUACAUGUAUCUGCGCCAACUCUUCCGCAUCCUCUUCAGGACAUUGAAUCACCAGUAUGACUACACAUUCGACUGGACUAUGCUGAAACAAAAAGCGGCGCAGCAGGGGGCCUCCUCCGGGGGCCAAGGCCAACAGGCGCAAACCCCCACAGGCAAGCAAACUGACAAAUCCAAGCCUAACAUGAAAGGUUUCUGAGUAGUCUCCUCCCAGAGACGAGCUGCAGAAGUGCCGGCGAGCAGGACAACCGAUGCUCGCUUUCCCGGACAAGCGACAAAGAAAGUCUGUGUCCCCCUUCCAUCUGUCUAUGUAAUGGAAAUAUAUAGAUUCUCACACGCACACAUGUGUCUGCUGUGUUAUAUCUAUAUAUUGAUAUGUGUAUAUAAUGAAACUCUCCACUCUGAAAGAAAAGAACCGAUGGAAUCGAAGGUGCUUUGGAUGUGGAGGCUUAUAGAUCCUUGCCCUAACCUUGACCCGACAUAGCUUCUCAUCCCUCCCUGUCCCCGUCUUCCUUUCACUGUUGACUUUUUCUAAGGUUUCGUUGGAAACACGAUUUAAAACAUUAGUCAGCUCUUGGUUUUUUUUUUCCUCACUGUGGGAACAUCUCAAAGCAUCUCUUCCCUUCUUCACUACCUAAUUAUUUCACCCACUGCUUUUAUCAAGCAAAUGUUUAAACAUGUAAACCUGAGAAUUCUUCUCUCCUUUUUUGUUUCUGAAGAGCUGAAUGAGAAAACCCUUUGGACCCUUAUUUACGGAAAGGUAAACUGUUGGAUUUUUGUUUUGUUUUUUUUUUUCCUAUGGUGGUUAGGAGAUUGCCUGUCAUAAGCAGCUGAUGGCAACAGUCUGUUGUAGAUUGAUUCUCUGGCUCGCUCCCUCUCUUUAGAGCUAAGACUUGUUAAAUCUGUUGUAAAACCCAUGGUCUUCUCCAGAACUACCAAUAAAAAUGUUAUACAACUAAGA